GCCCUAUGAGAAAAAGGGAAAGCUAAGGAUGCUGGAGCAGAACAAUGGAUUUCUCUUUCUCUUUCAUGCAAGGGAUCAUGGGAAACACAAUUCAGCAACCACCUCAACUCAUUGACUCGGCCAACAUCCGCCAGGAGGAUGCCUUUGAUGGCAGCAGUGACAUUGCUGAGGAUGGGGGCCGGACGCCGUACGAGGCGGCGCUGCAGCAAGGCUUCCAGUACCCCACGCCCACGGCGGAGGAGCUGCCCCCCAUCACCAACGGGUACCCCCUGGCCAUCAGCAUGUACGAACCACAAGCCAAAUACCAGACGUACACUCAGUAUCCCAACGGUUCGGCCAAUGGCUUUGGGACGGUCAGGAACUUCAGUCCCCCGGAGUAUUACCAAAUGGAGAACUCGAACGCGAGGCAGCACGAGGUUCUGGAAAAGCCUUCCCCUCCCCAGCCGCCGCCUCCAGCACCACCCUCAGCUCCACAAGUGGGGAUUCCAAAGAAGACUGGCUCACCAGAGAUCAAACUCAAAAUAACCAAAACUAUCCAGAACGGCAGGGAAUUGUUUGAGUCCUCCCUGUGCGGGGACCUUUUGAACGAAGUCCAAGCGAGGGAGUAUGCUAAGGCGAAACAUGAAGGGAGGAAAGAGAAAAGGAAAAAGAGUAGCAAGCAUGACUCUUCCCGGUCAGAAGAGCGCAAGUCGCACAAAAUUCCUAAAUUAGAACCAGAGGAGCAAAAUAGACCAAACGAGAGGCUCAGCACACUCUCAGAGAGACCAAGAGAAGAUGCAGUGCUGGAGGAGGCCCCGGUCCAGCCGCUCCUGCCGUCCCUUCCAGCCCAAGCCACCCAUGACGUCAAGUUCCAGGUUGGAGACCUGGUUUGGUCCAAGGUGGGGACGUACCCGUGGUGGCCUUGCAUGGUUUCAUGUGAUCCACAGCUUGAUGUGCAUACCAAAAUCAAUACAAGAGGUGCCCGGGAAUACCACGUCCAGUUCUUCAGCAACCAGCCGGAGCGAGCCUGGGUGCACGAGAAGCGCAUUCGGGAGUACCAAGGGCACAAGCAGUAUGAGCAGUUACUGGCUGAGGCUGCCAAGCAAGCCAGCAACCACUCUGAGAAGCAGAAGAUUCGCAAGCCCAGGCCACAGCGGGAGAGAGCUCAGUGGGACAUUGGCAUUGCCCAUGCUGAGAAGGCACUGAAGAUGACCCGGGAAGAGAGGAUAGAACAGUACACCUUCAUUUACAUAGACCAAGAGCCAGAGGAGGCUCUGGCCAAGGCCAAAAAGACUGCUGCUUCCAAGUCGGAGGCCAAGAAGAACCGGCGGCCGAAGCCAGCGCUGAGCACGCAGCCCGAACAAGCCAACAUGGUGGCAGGAUCGUCCCCUCCCGGCACUGAGGCACGGAGACAGGGCCAGCGCAGGCAGUCCAGCGCGGAGGAGGAGGAGGCACCGCCUGUGAAAAUCGCGUGGAAAACAGCUGCAGCUAGGAAAUCCCUCCCGGCUUCCAUAACCAUGCACAACUUGGACCUGCAAAAAUGUAACAUGUCUCCAGUUGUUAAAAUUGAACAGGUUUUUGCCCUUCAGAAUGCUGCUGGGGAUGGAAAGCUCAUCGAUCAGUUUGUGUAUUCCACCAAGGGAGUUGGUAACAAAACAGAGAUAAGCAUCAAAGGACAAGAGAAACUUAAUUCUUCAUCAGCCCAGAGAAGUGAAAAAGCAGCGGUGCAAAAUGUGUCCUCUCCUGAGACAACUUCUGGGUCAGCAGGUUCUGUAGAAAAGAAGCAACAGAGAAGAUCGAUUCGAACCCGCUCUGAGUCUGAGAAAUCCACCGAAGUUGUGCCAAAGAAGAAGAUCAAAAAGGAGCAGGUUGAAACGGUCCCACUGGCAGCAGUGAAGACAGGAUUGCAGAAAGGUGCCAGUGAGAUUUCAGACUCCUGUAAGCCCUUGAAGAAGAGGAGUCGUGCCUCCACAGACAUGGAGCUGACCAGCUCGGCCUACAGGGACACGUCUGACUCAGAUUCACGAGGACUCAAUGAUUUGCAGGGCAGUUUUGGGAAGCGCUCGGACAGCCCAUCGGCCACUGCUGAUGCUGAUGCCUCGGACGUGCAGUCGGUGGACUCCAGCUUAUCCAGGAGAGGAACUGGAACAAGUAAAAAAGACACUGUUUGUCAGAUCUGUGAGAGCUCUGGAGAGUCGCUGGUGGCCUGCGAGGGCGAGUGCUGCAGCGUGUUCCACCUGGAGUGUCUGGGCCUGAAGGCUGUGCCCGAGGAGAAGUUCAUCUGCACCGAGUGUAAGAACGGAGAACACACGUGCUUUUCCUGCAAGCUGCCUGGCAAAGACGUGAAGCGCUGUUCUGUCAGCACCUGUGGGAAGUUCUACCACGAGGCCUGUGUGCGCAAGUUUUCCACGGCCCUGUUCGAGUCCAGGGGGUUCCGGUGCCCACAGCACUGCUGCACCGCCUGCUCCGUGGACAAGGACAUGCAUAAAGCCAGCAAAGGUCGCAUGGCGAGAUGUUUGCGAUGCCCCGUGGCCUAUCACUCAGGAGAUGGCUGCAUCGCUGCAGGAAGCUUGUUUGUGUCAUCCCACAUCCUCAUCUGUAGUAACCAUUCCAAAAGGACUCACUCCUCAUCAGCUGUAAAUGUAGGCUUUUGUUUCGUUUGUGCAAGAGGGCUGGUAGUGCAGGACCAUUCAGACCCCCUGUUCAGUUCCUAUGCCUAUAAGUCCCACUACCUACUGAAUGAGUCAAAUCGUGCUGAGUUGAUGAAAUUACCUAUGAUUCCUCCUCCUUCGUCAGCUUCCAAAAAGAAAUGUGAGAAAGGUGGCAAACUGUUGUGCUGUGAGUCCUGCCCAGCUUCCUUCCACCCCGAGUGUCUCAGCAUAGAAAUGCCUGAGGGAUGCUGGAAUUGCAAUGACUGUAAAGCUGGGAAGAAGCUGCGGUACAAGCAGAUCGUUUGGGUCAAGCUUGGGAAUUACAGGCAAUUGUUGUGGUGGCCAGCAGAGAUCUGCAAUCCCAGGUCUGUGCCUCUCAACAUACAGGGCCUCAAACAUGAUAUCGGGGACUUCCCAGUAUUUUUCUUUGGUUCACAUGACUACUAUUGGGUACACCAGGGCAGAGUUUUCCCUUAUGUUGAAGGAGAUAAAAGCUUUGCUGAGGGGCAAACUAGUAUUAACAAGACCUUCAAGAAAGCACUUGAAGAAGCAGCAAAGCGUUUCCAGGAGCUGAAAGCACAAAGAGAAAGCAAAGAGGCAUUGGAAAUUGAAAGGAAUUCAAGGAAACCUCCACCCUAUAAACAUAUUAAAUCCAACAAGGUGAUAGGGAAGGUGCAGAUCCAGGUGGCUGACCUGUCGGAGAUCCCCCGGUGUAACUGCAAGCCCUCGGAUGAGAACCCGUGUGGGCUGGAGUCAGAGUGCCUGAACAGGAUGCUGCAGUACGAGUGCCACCCCCAGGUGUGCCCAGCUGGGGAGCGCUGCCAGAACCAGUGCUUCACCAAGAGGCUUUACCCCGACGCCGAGAUCAUCAAAACCGAGCGCCGGGGCUGGGGCCUCAGGACCAAAAGGAGCAUUAAAAAGGGUGAGUUUGUGAACGAGUAUGUUGGGGAGCUGAUUGACGAAGAGGAGUGUCGGCUGCGCAUCAAGCGUGCCCACGAGAACAGCGUCACCAACUUUUAUAUGUUAACUGUGACCAAGGACCGAAUAAUAGAUGCUGGCCCAAAGGGGAACUACUCUCGUUUUAUGAACCAUAGUUGUAACCCAAACUGUGAAACACAGAAGUGGACAGUGAAUGGUGACAUUAGAGUUGGACUGUUUGCUCUUUGUGACAUCCCUGCAGGAAUGGAGUUAACAUUCAAUUACAAUCUGGAUUGCCUGGGCAACGGCAGGACUGAGUGUCACUGCGGAGCAGAGAACUGCAGCGGCUUCCUGGGAGUGCGUCCCAAGACAGCGUUUGCAACGGCAAAUGAAGAGAAGGUGAAGAAUGCAAAGUUAAAGCAGAAGAAACGGAAAAUAAAAACAGAGCAGAAGCACAUGCAUGAAGACAACUGUUUCCAGUGUGGAGAUGGGGGAGAGCUAGUCAUGUGUGACAAGAAGGACUGUCCCAAAGCAUACCACCUCCUAUGCCUUAACCUGACUCAACCACCUUUUGGAAAGUGGGAGUGUCCGUGGCAUCAGUGCGACAUCUGUAGCAAUCCUGCCGUGUCCUUCUGUGAGUUUUGCCCCCGUUCCUUCUGUAAGGAUCACGAGAAGGGAGCGCUGGUGCCGUCGGCGCUGGACGGCCGCCCCUGCUGCUCCGCACACGACCCCAAAUCUCCCGUGGCACCCGAGUACUGGAGCAAGAUCAAGUGCAAAUUGGAAGCACAGAAGGCUGUGGAAGAGGCAAAGGAGUGA